GAAGUCGUGCUGGGCUUCGUCGACCCGGGUAGUGUUGGAACCAUCCCACGAAAGUGGCUCCUGAACAGCCAGAUGCCCUACACCGUGGACGUUUGGCAUUCCGCUGAUGGCGUGUCGUGGACGCAGCAGUCCGAAGAGUUCUGGGAUGGCCUUGCGGAAUGCCAGGAUGCCUUUGCAGUUGCUGUGGCACCAGAAAGCCCGCUCUCCGGCAGGAGUCAGCUGAUCGCGCUCAGUGGCGCCACCGGACAGCAUCUCUAUGUCACAGCUCCCAGGGCAUGA